AUGAAAGCAUCCGCUUCCACUCCAGUUCAAGUGACAACACAAUCCACUCCCGGGCGAGUGACGGCGAGUGAUUCCUGCCCGUCUGACUGGCAUUACUUCAGCGGCAGCUGUUACUUUAUUUCUGAUGACACCAAUAGCUGGUCAUACAGUCAGGCUUUCUGUAAGCAGAGAGGAGGACACCUGGCCAUCAUCCACACGCCUGAAGAACAGACUUUUAUUUGGGACCUGCUGCCACGUGGUCACUGGAACGCUUACUGGAUUGGCAUAAGUGAUGAAAAGGUAGAAGAUGACUGGUACUGGGUGGAUGGAACCAAACUGGUUGGAGGUUUCUGGGAGGAUGGAGAGCCCAACAAUCAUGAUGAUGAUGAAGACUGUUGUUACAUAGUGAAAACUGAGGUUUUAAAUCGUACUGCUACAAAGAGCUGGUACGACGCCCCCUGCGAUAUGUCCCGCCGCUGGAUCUGUGAGAAGGAGACAGAUGUGCACAGUAAGAGUUCAUCUGUUCAGGAUGUCACCAACGGUUCUGCUGACGCUCACAUGCUGAAAACCUGCGCUAAUGUGACCGAAUUGACAUCAGAGUUGCAGGCUCUAAGAAAAGAGAAAAGUGAGCUGGAGAAAGAGAGGUCCCAACUGAAAGCCAUCAUCGCUGAGCUAGAAGCAUCCGCUUCCACUCCAGUUCAAGUGACAACACAAUCCACUCCCGGGCGAGUGACGGCGAGUGAUUCCUGCCCGUCUGACUGGCAUUACUUCAGCGGCAGCUGUUACUUUAUUUCUGAUGACACCAAUAGCUGGUCAUACAGUCAGGCUUUCUGUAAGCAGAGAGGAGGACACCUGGCCAUCAUCCACACGCCUGAAGAACAGACUUUUAUUUGGGACCUGCUGCCACGUGGUCACUGGAACGCUUACUGGAUUGGCAUAAGUGAUGAAAAGGUAGAAGAUGACUGGUACUGGGUGGAUGGAACCAAACUGGUUGGAGGUUUCUGGGAGGAUGGAGAGCCCAACAAUCAUGAUGAUGAUGAAGACUGUUGUUACAUUGUGAAAACUGAGGUUUUAAAUCGUACUGCUACAAAGAGCUGGUACGACGCCCCCUGCUAUAUGUCCCGCCGCUGGAUCUGUGAGAAGGAGACGGAUGCGUCUUCUUAAUCCUCCACCCCGCCAUCAUCAGCAACCAUCCUUCAUAAAUGUUUAGUUUGAGAGUAUUUUGGUUAAGAAAUGAAGCAGAAUGAAGAAGGAUUUCAGUCUUUGUUAUGACAUCACAGGAUCUUUGUCUAAAUGUAGGCUACCUUGAAGCUUUUUAACACUGCAUAUCAUGUUAACAUUACUGCAUAUUUUUUAGUCCAUUAAUUAAUUGCUUGCAUAGAAAUAUAAUGCACAUAUAAAUGAAGCAGACAAAUAUUUUUGUCGAUAUUUUGUCAGCGUAAAAUUAUGUUUUAUGUGAACAUAUUCUUGUCUGCACUGUUGUAUUCGUCUGUCUGUUUUGUUUUGCAAAGAAAUAAUGUUUUCGUGAAAAUUAUAGUAGUAAUUCCACUUUUGCUCAGCAGGAGGCACCGUUGAGCCGAAGUUUAAACAGCAGUGAUACAGAUAUGAUUAGCAGGUAGACAAACAAGCUUUUGUUCGUGUGUUUGUUAGGUCAAACCGAACCAGACGUGUGGAGACUAAAUGAAACUCACAAACGGUUAAAUCAAACUAACUCAACUCAAAAUCUUCAAAAGCAAUGCAAACAAAAAACACUGUUUAUGUGUCUCCUUAACAUGAAAUCUAGGGCUAGUGUCUGUGUCCUUGUCCCGUGCAGUUGUUUGGCUAGAUUUGAGCAUUUAUGUAAGGUGCAUGCAUGAGUCAUGUCCUUCUCUGCCCCUUGUCCCAUCUGACUGUUUAUUAUGGAGGCGUAUCUGACACAAUUACGUUCCUCAUAGGGAGGGCAUCCGUAAUCAAAGUACCCUAUUUCCAGUUUAUCAGCUGACCUUGGAUUGAUGUCUUUUUAAACAUUGUCCAACACAAGUCAUGUUAAUGAAUGAGUAGAGCAUGCCGGCUGCGUGAAUUGUGUUGCAAGCUACAGAAGAGCAAAGAGCGAUCUUUUCAUCUCACAUAGACUUUGAAACAGGGGUGAUGGUUUGUUGAAACCACAUUAACUUCACUUUUUUAUGUUAUGCACUUGGGGCCUCAUUUAAAAUAAAAUGCUGCGUAGA